AUGUCGGUUGAAAAAGACAUAAUUAAAAUACAAAACAAGCUACAAAGCAUGUCCGACGAAAAUGCUGACCAAACCCAAGCCCUUGAUUUACUGAAAGCUCUCAAAGACCUUCCGAUCACACUGGACAUACUUACUAAGACUCGUGUAGGAAUGACUGUCAAUUCAUUCCGAAAAAGCUGCAAAGAUGAAGAAGUAAUUACAUUUUCGAAAGCAUUGAUUAAAAAUUGGAAAAAACUAUUAAGUGGAGACAAGUCUGUACCUCAAGAGCCGAAGAAAGAUAAAAAAGAGCGUAAAAAGUCCGAGGAAAGAGAACAAAAAAUAGAUGCUAAGAAAGAUACUCCAAAACCAGUCGUAUUUCCAACACCAUCAACAACAGAUGCAAUUCGUCUUAAAUGUCGCGAUUUACUAAUCACCGCAUUGAAAACUGAAGAUGAAUUUGGUGGUUGUGCUUCAAUCGAAGAACUUGCUGAUGAACUAGAAGAUGCCAUUUACUCCGAGUUUAAAAACACUGAUGCUCGGUACAAAAACAGAGUAAGAAGUAGAUACUCAAAUCUAAGAGAUGCUAAAAACCCACAACUAAGAAGCAAUUUCAUUGCUGGCGCUAUUACUCCUGCUCAAUUAGCUAAAAUGACUGCUGAAGAGAUGGCCAGCAACGAAAUGAAAACAUUGAGAAAUAGACUCAUUAAAGAAUCUAUAGAUGAUGCUCAAUUGGCUACUGUACAGGGAACUUCAACUGAUUUAUUGAAAUGUGGUAAAUGUAAGAAACGAAAUUGUACGUACAACCAAAUCCAAACAAGAAGUGCUGAUGAACCAAUGACAACCUUUGUUAUGUGCAAUGAAUGUGGUAACAGAUGGAAAUUUUGUUAG